AUGGCGCUUCCAGUGCUCGAGACCGUCGUCCUCAAAAUCGUCAACGACCCGGUUCUCAAAUCAACGAAUGACGCGCGACGCUGCACGUGCGCCGUCGUCCCGCCCGGCGGCGCCAACAGCAGCAGCAGCGAGCCCUUCAGCGAGGAGGAGGCGGGCACCAGCACCUUCAUGGUGGGCGUGGUCCUCUCAGUCAUCGCCGACGUGAUCAUCGCCGUCUCGCUCAACGUGCAGAAGACGGCGCACAUGCGCAACGAGGGCGCCGACGGAAAGCCCGUCAAGGGCAUGCUCAAGCUGCCGCUCUGGUGGCUCGGCCUCCUGCUCAAUGUCGGAGGCGAGCUGGGCAACAUGCUCGCCUACGGCUUUGCGCCCGCCUCGGUCGUUGCUCCAGUCGGGUCGGUGGGCGUGGUCGCCAACGAGGUGAUCGCUGUCCUCUUUCUCAAAGAGCCGUUCCGCUGGCGGGAUGCCGCUGGGCUGGUCGCCAUCGUCGGCGGCGUCGUGCUCAUCAUCGUCGCCGUGCCGGAGGAUCCGGUGGACCUCAACGCCGUCGUGCUGCAGCGCGAGUACUACGCGCGCCCGGCGGCGUACGGCUACCUGAUUGGGCUCUGGUGCGCCGUCGUCCUCUUCCUCGUCCACGUCGAGCCUCGGUACGCCCAAAAGAGCGUCCUGGUCUGGCUUCUCCUCUGCUCGAUGAUCUCCUCGACGACCGUCAUCGCGGCGCGCGGCUUCUCCUCCAUGCUCACGCAGGCGGUCGGCGGCGACUGCGCCGGCGCGCACUGCGUCGGCGACGAGCUCUUCCCCCCGUGCCGCCUCACCCUCGCCCACUACCUCUUUUGGUUCCUCCUCGCCAUCAUUGUCACCACCGCAAUCUGGUCCGCCUACUUCCUUAACAGGGCGAUGAUGAUCUUUGGCAACACCGAGGUGGUGCCCGUCUACUACUGCACCUUCACCCUCGCCUCCAUCGUCGGCGGAGGGGUAGUGUACCGCGAGUUCAGCGGCAUGCCGUGGCAGCAGUGGCUCCAGUUCCUCGCCGGCGUGGCGCUCGCCCUCGGGGGCGUGCUCGCCAUCACCUCUGGGCGAGGCAAGUCCGCGCGCGGAGGAGGCGCAGUUCUGCCAGAGCCGUCCGAGCAGGAGCAGCCGGCCGAGCUGCCGGCUCCCGAGGCGGGAGGGGGGCGUCGCGCGGAGAGGCUGGCGAGGGCGAGGGCGCACAAUCAGGCGCGCCCCUGCUCCUUUCCCUCCACCGCGUGUGCACGUGGCGCGUGGAGUGAGGAGAAGGCGGCCGAGCUGCGGCGGCAGUCUCGCGGCUCGUUCGCCGCGCCCGUCGGCGGGAUCGGCUCGGCGCACUCCUCCUUCCGCCGCGACGACCGCAUCCACACAGACUUGCGCGCCUUGCUUGACGAGACGGAGAGCGAGAUCGCCGCGGGGGAGCACAUUGCCGCCGCGUACCGCUUGCGCGACGCAGCCUCGUCCACCCCCCAACCCGUCGCGCUGGAGGUGGCGCUCUCGCUCGCCGGCUGGCGCGACCCGGCCGCCCGCUCGCCGGUGCCAGGCGAGCGGUCUCGCCCGUGGAAUGCGUGGGACACCUCCGACGCCGCCGUCUCCCCCGUCGGCAUCGCCGAGAAGCGGGACGAGAAGUGGGCGUCGGGGGGCGGCGGUCCGCCCGCCGAGAGCACAGAGAGCAGCAGCAGCGAGCCGUCGUCUGAACCGCGGGCGGCAGCAGGCGAGCCCUCGAGCGAGCCCGCUGGCGGUGGCGCCGCGGAGGCGGCCGAGCUCAAGUCGGCGCUCGCGGCGACGGCGGAGGAGCUGGCGAACGCGCAGGCCACGAUCCGCGCACUGGAGGCGAGGCUGUCGUCGGCUUGAGCCUCUUCCUGUUGCUCCCCCUCCUCCCCGCCACCCCAUGGGCCCGCGGCGCGCCCGUGGGGAGACGGGGAGGAGAGGCGAGGCACGGCCAGGAACCGGCUUUAGAUGGGAGCCUCUCACCGGACACCCCCGCGCGAGCGUGGCCUGUACACGACCAUGCACACCAGGCGCAGUCCGGCCGGGCCCCGUCCGAGCCGUGAGUUGGUCUUGCAUCUUUCGUUUGACGCAAUAAAUUUUGCGUUCUUCGUCUCUAUAUCAUGCAAACUG